GACCAACAAACUGCACUCUGGUCGUGGAUCCCGUUGGAAUGGUAAGCCCGGAAAGUCCAAGACGCUUGUAGAACUGCACCCAGCCGCAGCGAAUCUCCGGCCGAGGCACACGGGCGUCUUCCAAGAAUACCAUCGGAAAGCGCACCGGCAAGUAAAAAGGUUCGUGGUUCUGCAAGGAUUCUAUUGCAUUAUCGUUCGACUUCUCCUUCCACCCGGCAACAUCUUCAUCGGAAUAGUUUAAAUCCGAAAAAAGCGAAAAAGUGCUAUAACCUUAAAACACCUUGAUUCUGGUGCGAAAAUUGUCAGCAUAUCGAAAAAGUGAAAAUGAUUUCGCCUUGAAAAUGGCGUAUUAUAGAGAGUUGUACAAACACGAGGCUAUUCUGGCGAUAUGUCGCUCUGAGCGGCUACUCUCAAAGCACCAGGAAAUGCUUGAAAGUAUUUUCGCCGAGAAGGAAGAACUCGGUUCUUCCUACUGGUUGGCGAGAAUCUCUUCGCCGGUGGUCGCCGCCAUCGGCUGUGCCGGUAUAAUCAUGCCCAGCUUGCUCGGAUGCAGCCGUCCAAGUUCAGCCGUCGCCGCAGUAAUUGCUGUACCAGUACUGGCCACCAUCGCAUAUAACACCCUGAUGUACAAAAAGGAGUUUCUUGCUUUGGUCGCUUUUAUGAAUGAGCUAGAUGCGUUUGAUACAGCAGCAACGAGGGUCUUCGUCUACUAUGACGAGAUUAGUUCCUACGAGCACGAGCUGCUACGUGCUACUGCCACUCGCGCGUUGACUGUUUGUGUACGUGGUAUGCGAGCCGUCGCUGGAAGUCUGUAUGAUUUGGGUAGAUCGCUCGAAUCCUUCACAGAUCUCGCUAAAGCGUACGAGCAUGUGUAUGGCCCGCUGGAAGGACGCGAAUAUUUCUACGAGUCAAAUGUCGAAAAUAGCCCCGAACAGCUGCUGCUAGAUGCAAAGAAGCGGCGAAAAGUGUUGUUGUAUCUGCAAUCGAUGUGUUUGUACAGGUGGGGGCUGGCUAUCGCCAGCGGCUCAGACCUCGGAAAGGCACGCAUUACUCUCUUCAAGGCGAUGACCGUCCUACAGCAGUCGUCGAAGAACGUGACGGCAAUGUUCCUUCCGAUGCCCCAAGAGAGUACAUUCUGUACAUCUCCAGCAUCCAAAAAAGUAGCAUCACUGAAAGCUCGAGCGUUGGCAGUUACGACGAACUUGACUGCGACCCAGCAGAUAUUAACGAUUCUGGUCGAUACGUUGCAACAGGUAGCAAAUGAUUACCUGCGAGACGGUUCCGAGCAGCUGAAGUUGACAGCGGGCCUGUUGUCGGCAGUCCGGCAGAGUACUGAGCGUCAGCUUCAGGACAUUGCUGAACUGGAGAGCGACGUGGCCCGUCUCAUCUCACCGAAUGGAUUUAACCCAAAGAGCACACGAACAGAGCCACGAAUGAUCGAAGCUGAGGAAGACAUCGACGAUGAAAUAACAGUCCCCGCUGGUAUCACAGAUACUAUGUUCCCUGAAGAUGAGUUUUUCCUACAUACAGAAUCAGCAUUGGAUUCUGCUUCAACAGCUGGUGUAAAUGCGGGUCACGAGAACGAAGAACCACCGGUCGAGCAGGUGGACAAAAGCACGCAGCGCAACUAUCGAACUGUGCUGAAGCAGCUGCAUGGCAAACUGCAACCGAUCAACCAAGAGUUUAAGGUGCGCGAGCAGCGCGCACUGCAGCGUAAAGGUAUAACGGCCUCGCUAGAUAAUGUCUCGGUUGGUGAAGCGGAAGAGGAUUGCGAUGCCAUGUCGAUCUGCUCUUUUAACUCGGAUGAUGACGAUUUGCCCCGCAAGCGCACCAAUUAUCAGCAGCGCUACCAAGAUGCUAUCGAGCAGCUGGCCGCAAAACCGCAAAUCAAUCUGUUUCCCAGUGUUGCGAUAGGUUUCGCACCAGCAGUAUCGACUGUGGAAGAGAAUAUUCUAGAGUAAGACACAGUGAUUGUUAACUAUUUACCAUUGAACCAAGUUCUUUGGCCUUAGCGUGUUCUGACCGCCCUGAAUUUCGGCACGACUGAUACUUGCAUCUACGAUGCUACUGCCUUCUUAAUUAACGUAUUGUUUAAUAAGUCAUAUACGUCAUUGAACGUUCAGCACCUUCGGCUCCUCCGAUGGGAAACCUUCGCGUCCAAAGUGUUCUGGUGCGCUAGUAGAAUGGAGUGCGCAGCUUCAGAUCAGCCACGGCGGCACUAGACCAACAAACUGCACUCUGGUCGUGGAUCCCGUUGGAAUGGUAAGCCCGGAAAGUCCAAGACGCUUGUAGAACUGCACCCAGCCGCAGCGAAUCUCCGGCCGAGGCACACGGGCGUCUUCCAAGAAUACCAUCGGAAAGCGCACCGGCAAGUAAAAAGGUUCGUGGUUCUGCAAGGA